AUGGCGACGCACCCUGCUUACGAAUUCGAGGACCGAGGUCAAAGAAUUAGGCACCGCGUCGGGGCGGCCUCCAGGCCUGCUGACUCCACGGUUGCGUGCACUAGUGCGCAAUAUUACGUGGGUCCAAACAGCGACAUCAGCGAGGAAGACAUUGCGGAAUUGCCGUCUUGCGUUUACGCAGGCAGAGCAACGCAACACGUGGCUCACGCACCACCGCACACCCAUUCCCCUCUUCAUUAUCACAUGCCAGUGUCAACUCCAGACCAUCCCGAUACCGAGUUGAACGGAGUUGAAGAAGGUUAUUACCCAAAUGGUAGCCCGUAUAGAAUCCAAAGACAUGCCGCCAACAUUCGCGAAAGGAAACGAAUGCUCAGCAGCAUCAACUCGGCUUUCGACGAGCUUAGAGUUCACGUGCCGACGUUUCCCUACGAGAAGAGACUUUCGAAGAUAGACACGCUACGAUUAGCGAUUGCGUACAUAGCUCUACUUAGGGAGGUCUUAGCAGCAAGACUCGACCCUUUGACGUACGUGGAAAGGUGCCUUAGGGGUGAAAUUAGUGGCGAACGUGCCGAGUGGAACACAAGUGACUUAACGGCGAGGCUGUCAUGGAUAAAUUGGGAAAACUUGGGCGUGAACCCACACCGACGAUCCGUGCUGACAACUCUCGCUCUAACGACAGACAAUAUGAAUUAAUGAUGCUGAAUCCGAG